AUGGUUUCGUUCCCUGGCCGAGUGACGGAUGGGACGGCCGAGCCGCAGCCGCCGCACCACAUGCCAACCUCGGCGCGUCCGCCCCGACGACACGAUCGGUCUUGCGUCGUGUGCCACCGGAGAAAAGUCCGAUGCGACAGACGGUCACCUUGCUCGGCGUGUACGCGAAACGGCUCGUUGUGCGCAUAUCCACCUUCCAACCAGGCAGUUGGCCGCGUUCGUAAGACGACCAUUUCUGAUGUCGCGUCCCGCCUGUCCAGCUUGGAGAAGACCAUCACGGCUGCAACAAUAGACACCACCCCAUCUACGCAGCCGUCGGAGCCAGGCCGGGCCUUUGCAGACCAUGAGCCGCGGCCCAAGGAGCGCCAGUCACCGAAAAUCUUGCUCCACAACCACAAUUCAAGCCAGUACUUUGAUGAUCUAUUCACAACUCGUGCGAUAGAGGAGGAUCAGGACCAGCCGUCGCUUUUGCCGAGGAGUGAACAUGAAAACCAAGUAGAAGCAAGCGAUACACUGCUUGGUCUAAUGGGCACCCCGUCGAUUCCUAUCGCAGCAGAUGCCACGAAUACCAGUUGGCAGCUGUUGACUCGAGGAGCCGUGGAGCUAUGGCGAAUAUUUACGCAAAAUGUCGACCCCUCCAUCAAGAUACUACAUAUUCCAACAGCUGAAGUCUUGUUUUUUGAGGCCAUUCGAGAACCCAAGGCCGUCUCCAAAGAUGCUUCAGUUGUUCUUGGGGCAGUGUAUUUCGCCGCUACAUCAACACUAGAGGACCACGAGGUCCAGCAUGUCCUCGGCUUGAAUCGAUUCACAGCCUUGCGUCAUUUCAGACAUCAGUUUCAGCGGAGCUUAUCCGCAGCUAAUAUCUUGGAACACCCCACGUUGCUCCUUUUGCAGGGAUUGGCAAUAUAUCUGACAGCGAGCAGAACACACAGCCACGGACGAAGCUCCUGGAUCCUGAACGGGCUUGCCCUCAGAAUCGCCCAGUCAAUAGGGUUGCACAGAGACGGAUCUAACCUGGGGUUACGCCCCUUCGAGGCAGAGGUCCGACGGCGCCUUUGGUGGCACAUGCUUGCCCGAGACAACCGGGCCGCGGAAGACCACGGCAUCAGUUCGUCAUGCUGGCUGCCGCCUUCCGACACAAAGUUGCCUCUAAACAUACACGACGACGACUUACAUCCUGACAUGAGGGAACUGCCACCGCCGCAGGCUGGGUGGACAAGGAUGAGCCUCCACCUUGUCAAUAUGGAAAUCACACAAACAGUUCACCGUCUGGACAGUUUGUUUACAUCGGCGAGCGAUUCGAACAGCAAGGAGCUUGCUAGACGGGAUAUGAUGGACCGCAUGAGAGACACCGUCCAUGCCUAUACGAGUUCUUGCUCUUCGUCUAUCCCGUUGCACAAGAUGACGAUGCAACUGGCGCUGUUGAUGGUUCACAAGGUGGACCUUGUCACACGCCAGCAGCUGGUCAACAUGGACCAUCCCGGGCAGAGAGACGUGAUGACCACGGAAGAAAAUAUCGUGACGGCGUGCCGGUGUUUAGAGAUAUACAUGGGGCUCUGGGCAGACGAGCUCCUGCUUCAAUAUAGAUGGUGGCUUCGCAGUUAUCCACAGUACCAUGUACUUUUAUACGUCUUGUGGCACCUGUAUGUCCGGCCGGAUGGACCCAACGCCGACAGAGCGUGGGAGAAUGUCUACAGGCUUUUCGAGAUUGAGGAAUCGACGCUUAGAGAAGGGGGGUCGGGCUCCAACACGAAAUAUAUUGUUCUUCAGCGGCUCAAGAAGAAUGCUGAGGCAAUGAGGGGAUCUGUUUCGAAUAGAAACCUGGCACUAGAUGGGGCCUCUCCUUCUACACAGAGCGAUAGUCGCGGAACUAUUGGUGUCCAAGGCGGAUUAGAUGAUCAGAUUGGCAUGCAAAGUUUGUACGAGGAAAGCGGUUUUCUGCCCAUUUCCAUCUGGAACAACUUACUCGAUGAGAUGAAUAUUCCUCUGUCCGAGUUCCCUGGGAUCUCGUAA